AUGCCUAGUGCCUUUGCUUCUUCGCCUUUGCCCAACACACCCAUACCAAGACACAACCGAAGCGAAGCGGAGUCUAUUAAUCCCGUUCUCCGUUUUUCACUCCCAGAACCAAAAGUGCCGGAUUUGUACGAGUUUUUGGCAGAAGCCGAAUUGCAGCAGUACUACAACUCUCUAAAGAAUGAACUGAAGAUUACGAACGUAACGCACCUGAAGUACGCCACGGACGAGGACCUGCAGGUGAGUGGUCUGUCGCGGCCGGAAAUCAGGCGGUUGCGCAAGUACUACGAAAAGUAUUACCCGCACGGGUACCUGAACAAAAUCCGUCGGCUGCUGCAAACACCGCGCAAGGAUGAACCGAACAGUGCGCACAGUCCCACGUCGGCCUCGUGCGGCGGCGGCGGCGGCGAGCCCAUCAAAGCGUGUCCGUCGCCGGGCAAAAUUCCCAACAACAAGCAUAUCAUCCCGCCCGAUGCGAUCUGCGUCAACAAGCAGCUGGGCACGGGCGAGUUUGGCAUCGUGCAGCAGGGCGUCUGGACGAACGGGUCCGAGCGGAUACAGGUGGCGAUCAAGUGUUUGUGCCGCGAGCGCAUGCAAUCGAACCCGAUGGAAUUCCUCAAGGAGGCGGCCAUCAUGCACUCGAUCGAGCACGAGAACAUCGUGCGCCUGUACGGUGUGGUGCUCGACACGGAAUCGCUCAUGCUCGUCACCGAGCUGGCCCACCUGCGGUCGCUGCUCGAGUGCCUGAAGGAUCCGGGGCUGCGCGUCAGCUUCCUGACCGUGCCGACGCUGUGCGAGUUUGCGUCCCAAAUCUGCAACGGCAUGAUGUACCUCGAGAACAAGCGGUUCAUCCACCGCGAUCUGGCCGCGCGCAAUAUCCUCGUGUUCAGUAAGAAUAAGGUGAAAAUAUCGGACUUUGGCCUGUCGCGGGCCCUCGGUGUCGGUAAGGACUACUACCAGACGAACUUCAACGUGAACCUGAAGCUCCCGAUCGCCUGGUGCGCUCCGGAGUGCAUCAACUUUCUGCGCUUCACGCACGCCUCGGACGUGUGGGCGUACGGGGUGUGUUUGUGGGAAAUUUUCUCCUACGGCUUCCAGCCCUGGGCCGCCCUCACAGGCCACCAGAUACUGGAGGCGAUCGAUGAGCCGCACUAUCAGCGGCUCGAGAAGCCCGAGUGCUGCCCGAAAGAGUACUACGGGCUGAUGCUCAAGUGCUGGCAGCAUGACGCCACGAAGCGGCCACGGUUCAUCGAGAUCUUCCAGCUGCUGCCCGACAUGAAGCCGGAACAGCUCAAGACAAUCGUCUCCCACGGUGAGUCCAAGAAGGACUACCUAAUGUACCGGCAGGGCGAGAUCAUCACGGUGCUGGAGAAGGGCUCGCACUCGCCGUACUGGAAGGGCGUGCUGAACUCGGGCAAAACGGGCCUCUUCAAUCCGGCGUUCACCGUGGCGUACCUAGACAGUCUGCCGUCGUCCGUCAACCGGGAUACGUUCGGGCGGACGGUGGAGCGGUCCAGCAAGCGCAAAAUACGCACCGACAUGAUCUCGGGCCCCCAGAACGAUCUGAAACACACGGGACACGUCGGUAUCGAUGGCGUGUCGUUCGGUGACGUUGCCUUCCUAGCUAGCCCACAGAACCUUCCUCGCCAAAUUGUCACACCGUACAAGCCUUCGGAAGACCUGGAACAGACGCCGCUGCUACUGCCGCCAACACCGACCAGUCCCGACUCGAUACACACUGCGAGCGGAUACUUUUCCGAAUCGCUGCAACUUACCGGCCACCAGUCGUUUAUCAAUGCCGGCGAAAACCAUCACUCGACCCUACUGGACCACCACCACACGGCCGGAACUGGCCACCACUCAGCGGCCGCCAGCGCGUUCGAUUUCCGCAACAGUGGCUUCAAGGACUCGAACCCGUUCAUCAACGCCGACUCAACGGAGCACGGCGAUGUGGCCGGAUCCUACAAUCUGGCGAUGGGCGGCGGCGGAGGACCGAAGACCAAGGACGGUCUGGCGAGCGGUCAGCACGAGUAUCACGAAAUUUCCGACGAUGAGCUUACCACGGAGAAGGUAUUCGAUCCGUCGGGACCGUCGCUGAUGGACGAGAUGGAGCACGUGUUCAAGUCGAUGAGCACCAUCUCGGAGCAGGACGGAGCGGGGCCGCUCGGGUCGCCCGACGCGGAAAACACCAACAUGCGCAACGAGCUGACGGAACUGUCGUCCAAGUUGUGCCGCAAAAACAGUUCAUCCACCACGACCAGCUCCGGGACGCUCGGUAAAAGUGGAAGUAAAUCCAAGUCGAAGAAAACCGGCACCGUGAAACCGAUCUCGGUGAAGGACGAAAAACUGCUCAAGCAAGUGAUCGAAAUGACGAAUGAAAUAAGUGCCAAAUCCAUGACCGAUCUGGUAACCGACUCGAACCAGCAAACGUCGAGUCCGAAGCGAAAGUUUAGCUUCCGCUUCCCGCACAUCCACACCGUGGUCGGUGGCGCCGGGGAUGCUGCACGCGGUGGCCCUUCCAAUGGCAUCAUUGGAGCGCACUCGGCUCACCACUCCUCCGGAUUGACCGGGGUACAUGCCAGCGGUGGUUCCGGUGGUGGUGGCGGCGGCAGCGGAGGCAGUAGCUCGGUGGCCCGUGGGCUGGCCCACACGGACAAAGAUCACCCGACGGCCGCGUCCGCAUCGUCGUCUUCCGCUAUCGGACCACCGCAUGGCUACGGUGGUGGUAGCCAUACCGCCACCCUGGGCAAUGCGUAUCGCGAGAAGCGCAACUUCUCACAGGAAGUGAACAACGUACCCGACUUACAGAGUACCAUCACCGAGGAGGCACGGAUUGCGUACAACAGUUUGGUGGAGAAUCCGGGCAGCGGCACGGCCAGCGUCCACCCGGCGAUCGCUGCCAGCGUCGGAUCGUCCACCUUACCGCGGGCCAAGCUUACCAACACGCUCGCCGCGACCGCAAGCUUCCGGUUUAAGGACAUCGACUGCUGUUCGCCGCCGACCGAACCGGCACCAAAGUCACCCGAAAUCGAUCUGCUGGACAUGAACGGUGGCGGCGCGGACGACUGCGACCGUGCGUCCAGCAAUCCGUUGCGGCUUUUGAAGAGCAAACAUUUCCCGCUCACCGCGCGCCCGAAAAGCAUCGGCGGCAGGCACGUGACACACCAACCCGACGGCGUCGGCGGUGGCGACCAAAGCGGUCAAGCCGAAAGUCCCAGUUAUUUGACCAGCCCGGAGUACACGUACAACAACGCACUGAUUUCGCCGGUCGGAUCGGAGCCAACACUGAUGAAGCCCUCGAAAAUGACGAUGUUUUUGUCGGACGGUGAGACCAGCGCCAUGGAUGGAGGUGGCGCCAACAAUCCGAUCCCUUUGCCACCGCGCGAUCGCAACAAAACGAUCCCGGUCAACCAGAAGCGGCACGUGCGCAAGUAUCCGCUCAUCAUUCCGGCCACCGGUUUGCAGCGCACGUUAAACAAAGUCACCCAAAUCACGCCGGUCGACGAGCAACCGGACAGUGGUGUGUUCCUACACCCGACCAUAGCCGGCGGCGCCAGUGGUCACCCGUCGGCCGUCGCUGAUGCCAGCAAAGACGACCACAACGAUGACCAAGCUACGGUUAGCAAUUUGGACGUGGGGUUGCAAAAAUCGCUCGAACCGACCAAGCUAACGGAACUGCACAAAGAUAUACUUCCGGCGUUCCCGUCCGAGCUGACAACCGCCGCUGGGGAAGCUUCUCAAAAGAGGGCUUACACGCGCGAGUUCCUGGAGAACAACUUCCCCAACAUGGCAGACUUCAAGAGCCUCUCGCCACCAACCACCCUGCCCGCUACGAUUCCGGCGGCGAGUGCCAUUCUUACGCGCCGGCGAACGGCCAGUGAUGCAAGUGGCGGCGCCACAAGAAAACAACCACCACCACCGGUGUCGGCGGCACUGCUCGUGCCCACUGCCCGCGAUCCGACGUACGAGAAUCUGGACAUUUUCCAAACGCACAGCAAGCUGUGCAUCGACACCGCAUCGUUGCACUGCGAAUCGAUCCUCGAGAACGACACCGAAUCGUUCCAUACGACCCACCCGGCCCUCGGGACGGACACGGUCGACGGAUUCGAUGCGGCAUCGUCGCUUCUGUUCGACAGUAUUCCCGCCGCCGCCGCCGCUGGGGAUCGGAAGCGGCCGACCAAUCUAUUGCUGCCAACGGUCGGUGGUCCGGGGUUGGAGUUGCUCGAAAAGCAGCUCCAAUCACCGCCGGAUGGUGAGCUGAUCAAAUCGAUCAACUUUGUUAGCUGCGAGGAUCUGCUCGAGUUUGCGGAGAAACCGAAGGGGCGCGCACGUGGCCUAGAGUCGGACGAAGUGCGCAUCAUGUCGAAAGUGCUCGGCAAAAAGCCCUCGCCGGAACAGUGCCUGUUGACACUGGAGUUCAUCGACUGGGACAUACACAAGGCGAUUAAACUGUGCAAACUGCAAGCCAUACUGGAAUCGUACAAUCUGUCGCUGCAAGAGUGCCGCGAUGCGCUGCAAACCUACGAUUGGGACCUACACACAACGGCGCUCAAGCUCAAAGGGGGUGGUGGCCGGUAGUUGUUGCGAAAGCUGAGGAAUUCCCCUGGCAGGGAAACGAAGAAAAAAAAGCGCACAAAAUACUCUAUCUCUCUCUAUUUGUCUCAAAUACGACUGUGUCGGCCGACUGGCACGAGCAUCCUUUAAGUUGUUGUUUGGCAGCUGCCUUUAGCGAUCAAUUUAAGAGAUUUUGCUACAGAGUUUCUACUAACUUUUCUACAAACUACUGUGCAACAUUAUAAUUGUAAUAAAAACAAUGAU